AUGCCUAUCUCAAAGAAUAUCAUAUCUUCUCCAUUGGAAGCAGGCACAUCAUUGCUUCAACCAAUGCAACUACCAUCCGAAUUACUCGAAGCUCUCGAUUAUGUAUCGAAACGUUUAGUGCGAAAGAGACUUCAUCUAUCAUUAAUUGUCGUCAAAAAGGACAAUCAGAUUCAAAGUCCCAUUAUUUCCCAAACUACCACAGCACCUGGUUCUCACUCUCUCACUACAUCGCCCACGACACUUCUUUACAAUAACGCACCACUUACAUCUCAUACCCGCGACAUCUCACCCACGAGUCGAAGCAUUUCUCCACUGAGUUCUCGCGCCUCAAGUCCAACCAAUACUCUCUUCUCCAAUUCCCCAUCCGAACGCUCAAAUUCUACCACAACAUCCACCCUCUCCACUUCAACCAUCUACCUCUCGCGCACAAAAUAUUCUGGACUGCCCUCCUCACCCAAAGACACCAUGGCCCACCACAUCCGAACCUCCAUCUCUCCUCCCUCAACACCUUGCACCCCAACUGCAGAAUGGACAUCGCCUGAUACACCCAACCGAUACGGAAUCAAACUGAUGCAUUCCACCUCCUUGACACCGCGCGCUGCACGCAUAUUACGAGCUACAAUUUCCCGCGCCGAGAGGAAAUUCCCUGGGAUCGGAGGAGAUUGGCUGAGCGAGACAUCGCUUACGAAACCAAUUGAGGAUGUUGGAACUAAAGAUUUAAUCCGCAGAUCUCUUGCUCAAAACAGACUUGUGUUUACAUCCUCGGGCUUAUCUCUUUAUACUCUCGAUUACUUGUAUACAUUUAAAUGCGCCUUACAUACCUAUUCGCGAAGCUUGAAGACGGAAGAUAUGCUGAGUGCGAUUGAUGAGUUGAGACGAUUAGUAUUGAUGCGCGAUGGGAAGAAGGUUGGCAGAGCGGAGGUGUUGAGAUGUUAUGAGUGGUUGGGGAUUUCGCUAAGUGCACUGUAUGAUGUGGAUGAGGGGUAUAAGAAAGCUUAUGGAGGAACAAUGAGAGAAGGGGGUAUUUCUCGCGAGGAAGUCAGAAGUUUAUCGUUGUUGAAGACGUCGUUUGAGGGGGGGAUGGUUGAGGAGGGUUUGGUGGAGGUGGGAGAGAGUGCUAAGGGGAGAGAUGGGGAAAGUCCGGUUUGGGAGAGGGGGGAUGCGGAGAAUGAGAAUGAGAAUGAGGAUAGGGGCCCGUUUUUUAGAGGCGCGCUAACGCCGAAUGCGGCGAGUGGUGUGAGUCCGGGGACGAGAGGGGAGUGGGAGAGUUUGAUGAGGGGGGAGAGAACCCUUACGAUUGUUGAGGUGGAUUGUUAG